UGACGAGCGUGUACAAUAUCGCCCAGUGCUAAGUCAAAGUUAACGUGUGUAAGCAGCUCUUGCCAUGGGAAAUUUAUUUGAACAUCUUAAAAGUCUUUUUGAUUAUGAAUUGUUUUCUAAUGUGAAAAUUUUGGCAAAUCUGAUACUAGCUGUUUAUGAAAACAACAGAGGAAUACUAACUCCGCAAGAGUAUUUCUGCGUGCUUAUAUAUUACGCCGAAUCUCUUUUUCAUGAACAUCAAUAUCGAGAAGCAGAAGGAAUAUUUAAACAAGCAUUGCAAGCAAGACGCAUUUUACCAAAACCAAAAUCACUUGGAAACAAAACUGAAGGAAAUUGUUCAGAUGUUUUUUCGGAAGUGGAAAUCAAGUUCAAAACAGCGAAAUGCAUGAUUGAGAUAAAACGAUUUCGCGAUGCAAUAGCUACCUUACAAUCGCUUUCUAUUAAGCAGCGUACUCCUAAAAUCAAUAUGCUUCUCAGUCGGUUAUGUCAUAAUCAUGGACAUGAAAGAACUGCCAUCGGAACCUAUAAAGAGGUAUUGAAAGAUUGUCCUCUAGCUUUUGAGGCUAUUGAAGGUCUGCUUGCGCUUGGAACUAACGGGAUAGAAGUUAACACGUUAGUACUAAAUGCAACUCUUGCACCUCAGUGUAACGAUUGGCUAAGUUAUUGGAUUAAGGCACAUGCUCAUAUUCAUAGCAGGAAGUACUCAGAAGCUGUUCAAACGCUGUGCUGGAUUGAAUCAAAUACUGUUUUGUCAAAUUAUCAUCAAUUGUUAGUGUUAAUAGGAGAGUGUUAUUAUUUUAAUGGAGAAUACGAUAACGCAUACAGUUAUUUGAAAAGAGCUCAUAAUCAGUAUCCGUAUAUGAAAAAUGGAAUACAAAUUCUGGCUGUUCUCAUAACAAAAAAAAAGAAAGUAAAUGAAUUGGAAAAGAUGAUAGCACCAACUUCUACCUUCCCUUAUGAAUAUUCAUCAGAAAUGUGGUUUGUGAUGGCACAAUAUUUAUACGCCACUACCAAGUAUGACAAAGCAGUUUAUUUUGUGCAAAAAGCGUGUUUUUUGAAUCCCAAAAACGCUGAAGCUUUAAUACUAAAAGCGGAAAUUCUGCUUCAACUCAAGAAACAUCAAGAAGCAAUAGCUCAUUUACGAUUUGCACAACAAUUUGCGCCUUAUCGGUACGAAGUACACAAAGUGUUAGUUGAAACAUACAUCAACAUGAACCGUUUUCGUGAAGCUCAAACUCAAGCGUUAAAGGCAUUAAAAACCAUAGGAGAAACACCUAGAUUGUUGGUGCUUCUUUCUCGUUCCUAUUUGAAAGAUGAUGCAGCAAAACCUAAAGUAAAAGCACUUCUGCUGAAAGCAUUAGACUUGAAUGAACAUCAUUUACCUGCAAUAUACCUUCUAGCUGAGAUAUAUCGACAAGAAAAUGAUGUUAUGAGCUGUGCCCAAUUAUUGAAAAAGCAUGCAAUGCUGACACAAAGUUCCAAAUUGCAUGUAAUGUUAGGAGAUCUACUCAACACCAACAAAGAUCAUUCUGGAGCUCUGGACAAUUAUACUAUAGCGUUAAAUCUGGACCCAAACAACCGGAAAGCUAUGGCAGGACUGCUCGCAAUGGGACAAGUAAAUACUACGGGGUCCAGUGGAUGCAUAAACUCAUCAUAUCUAAACUCAACUAUAAUCGACGAUGGCAGCGACGUUCCAGAUAAUCCGUUGGAAAUAAUAGAAGAUGAUCAAAACGUUCAGAACGAUGUAGAAUCCGAAAGUGAUAUCAUGUGGUCUGACGUUGAGAUUGAAAUUAAUCAAUAGAACAUGUUUUAAAAACUUGUAUCUAAUUUAUGUGUUAACUAGUUGAACGUUCCCGGCGAUGCUCGGGAUCAAAGGUUUUAAAUUUAAGAAUCAUUUUUUAUAAUUCAUUACUGCUUUAGCACAACUUACUUAAAAAAUAUUUCACAUCUUAUGCGUUCAUCAUCAGUUUGAAUACUUCAAUAUUUUGAGAACAGAACACACAUAAACUGGAAGUCGCCAUAUCGGAUUUCCAAACGACGUAUGGAGUUCCACUUUCGGAAUUAUUGAAAUAGUUGGCCAAAUACCACUUUAGGUCAUUUUUCUGAAGCCGGAAGCCGCCGUUUUGGAAAAUGUGUGGAGUCGUCCCAGUUUCGAAUAUACCUAUACUGGGUGAUAUUCGGGCUAUUUGACAAUCGUUUACAGUAAAAGCUCUGUUUAGGAAAUUCGAGUAAGUAAGAAGAAUUGAGUAUGACCAUUCAUGCUUAUUUCUCCUCUAUAAUGAAAUCUAAAGAGGUGCUUGUGAUUUUUUUAAAAACGAAAAUGUUUGUUGGUGUCCAAGGAACACGUCUGAGAAGAAGUGAAAGUUUUCUGAUAACUAACAAUUGUGCUUUAAUCCACAAAACUAUGUAGAAAAUAAAAAUCACAGGAGGGUUGUGUGCUAAGCCACGACCGCAAGGUUGAAGUAGAAUACUUUUACAAGAAAUAUAACUUGGCUGCUUGCGUGUCAGUCAUUUCGAAAUCGGAUUUGUUUCGUAUAUACCGCUUGUUAAGCACAGUAUCAACAAAUCGUAAUAAACAUCACACUGCUGUGCAUUUGCAGCAGCAUCAAACUUCAGUUGCAUGAUAUAACUGGAAAAAUAGGUGUGGCUAAAUUGUUUCCAGUUAUACCAUUCUACAACGUUCGAAAAAUUUUAUUUCCUAUGGCGUAAUACUCAUGUACGAAAAAUACAUCUCAUUCAUUUCAGUUUAUUUUCAGUUCCUACAGAUUUUCUCAGUUUCGCAACACAGAUAUACAAAAACGAUUUCUUGUGGACAUUAUUUCGAGCCGGACCGAUAGAGCUCUCAUUAAGGCAAUUCAUUAAGCUAUAAUAUGUAUUGUGUCGUUUUGUGCGGCUUGGAAGAAGAAAAUGUUCCCGUUCCCGUGUCGCAUGGAAGUAAAUUGUUGCGUGUUUGAUAUUGCCGAUGGUAGACAUGAGUAUAAAGGUCGAAAUUCUGCUGUGAUGUCUAACCAUAACCGUCUUCUUCAAGGCGCUACAUCCUUGUUAAUGAAGUGUUGUGAAUUUUCUAAAACAGACUCAGCAUCGUGAGCAGAACGUACCGAACUUUUCUGUUUGAAAUCGGAUUUGUUUCGUAUAUACCGCUUGUUAUGCACAGUAUCAACAAAUCGUAAUAAACAUCACAUUGUUGUGCAUUUGCAGCAGCAUCAAACCUCAGUUGCAGUUUAUCAAUAACCAUUCACUAUGCUCUUCCAAAAACAUUUAGUAGCCUCGAAAAAGGCCGAUUGCUGCAAUCGCAAUUUUCAUUCAAUUAUUGCAUAAAUGCUUCAUGGUCAGAUAUACCCGCUGCAACUGCUACGCUAUUCGUAGCCAUGCCACAGUUGUGGCCGCUAUACGCUGCCAUUGGUAUCCGCUGUCCCUGCAUCAGCUGGUCCAGCUGCUAUCGAUGCUGAGAUCCGCUGUAACUAGUGCGCUAUCCAUUGCUACUCCACAGCUGUGCUGUGGUCGCUAUCCGCUAACGCUGAUAUCCACUGCUCUGCUACUGCUGCUGCUAAGGGAUGACUGCUGUUGUCGCUGUCUAGAACUAUUAUGAGCGGCUUCGGCUAAAAUAGGCUUUUAUAUAGGCCAAAUAGCAUAUUUUCAAUUGCAAGGUAUAUGAUUCUGUCGACCGUGCUUGGGAAGCAAUCAUAUAACGACCAACCAGAGGUCGAAUUUUUCGUUUAGACAAGGCUUGACUAUUUUCAAUAGUACAAUAGUUUGAAUAAUAAAAUUACAAUUCUCUUCAUUUGGGAAGAAUCUUAGAAGAUUUUCCAAGCUAUUGCUGCCAGAACGAAGGAAAUCCAUCGAAUACUAACCGAUUUAUUAGCAUUUGAAAUUGGACAUAUUUUUCACUUUUUUCGGUUUUAGAUUUUCAUUUCACAUCCCUUUGUAGCCGAACUUCCUGAGAGAAGUAUUCUACUUCAAAAAUGACUUUCAAUGCUUAAGUCGCCUCUCAAUCUAUGUUCAAACCAAUGAAAUGGGACCUUUCCUCCAGCUAAAUGUUCCAAGAUCUAGUUUGGGUAAAGGAAAAAAAGUAAAUCGAACCCCGUAAUGUGUUACUAUUCACAAAUCUACGAAUAUAUCAAAAAUAUAAAUUUUCUAUGCUCGACUCGCACUGAUUCAAAACAUGGAUUUUCUACAAAAAAAUACUUGGAAAUAUUAAAGAAACAACGAACAUUUUAUUGAAAGAAAAAUCACAUGUCAUCGUUUGAAUUUUGAUUUAGAUGCGACUUGAGCUUAUGCCUAAAAAGUCAAAGUUUUGCAUGUAUUAUAUGUUUUUCAAAAACAAAAAUCACAGAGAGUAUUUUAAGGUGUUUCUUUGUAUGCAGAAAAUCAUCUUCAAAAAUGCUUCGAACAUACGUAGUUUUUUGAGUAAUAUGUCAGCUUUUAGCAAUAAGAGACGUGUUAUUUUUUCUCAAAUGUCUUUCCUGAACAUUAACUAACAUUUUAUUGGAAAACAAUCACAUAUCAUAGCUUUGAAUUUUGAAUUGCAGACAAAUUAAAUUAAUUAAUUAAAUAUUCAUGAUUUUGCACGUUUUACUUAGUUUUGUGAAUGAUAUCUACAUUUUCAGUAAUCAGAUACCUAACAUUUCUUCUCAAAUUUCAUUCCUGAACAUUAACAAUCAUUUCAUUGAAAAAAAAAACACAUGUCAUCGCUUUGAAUUAUGAUUUAGAGACAAAUUAAGCCUAAAAAUCUUGGUUUUGCAUUUUUCACGUAGAUUUAUUAAAAUUAUUAAUUUCAAAUGAUCAGGUACUUAUUAUUUUCCCUUAAUUUCAUUUUUAAAAAAUCACAGAUCAUAGAUUCGAAUUUUGAUUUAGAAGCAAAUUCAGUAUGAAAAGUCAUGAUUUCGCAUGUUUCACGUAGUUUUGUGAUUAUUAUCUCGAAUGGUAGUAAUCAAAUACCUGUUAUUUUUACUCGAAUGUUUUUCUUGAACAUCAACGAACUUUUUAAUGAAAAAAAAUUAUAUGUCUUCUCUUUGAGUUUCGGAGACGAAUUGAGUAUAAAAAGUCAUAAUUUUGCAUGUCUUACGUAGUUUUGUGAAUAAUAUUCCAAGUUUUAGUAAUUAGCUAUUAAUUAUUUUUCCUCGAAUGUCGUUUCCUGAACAUUAACAAACAUUUCAAUGAAAAAAGGAUCUCAUGUCAUCGCUUUGAAUUUUGGUUUAGAGGUAAAUUUAGCACAAAAAGUCACAAUUUUGCAUGUUUUACGUAAUUUGGUGAAUAAUAUCUCAAGUUUUAUUAAUCAGAUACUUAUUUUUUUUCUCGAAUGUCUUUCCUUAACAUUACAAACAUUUCAAUGAAUAAAGAAUCACAUGUCAUCGCUUCGAAUUUUGAUUUAGAGGUAAAUUCAGUAUAAAAAGUCACAAUUUUGCAUGUUUCACGUAGUUUUGUGAAUAAUAUCUCAAGUUUUAGUAAUCAGAUAACAAUUAUUUUUUCUCGAAUGUCUUUCCUGAACAUAACAAACAUUUUAAUGAAAAAAGAAUCACAUGUCAUCGCUUUGAAUUUUGAUUUAGAGGCAAAUUCAGCUUGAAAAGUCAUAAUUUUGCAUGUUUUACGUAGUUUUGUGAAUAAUAUCUCAAAUUAUAGUAAUCAGAUACUAAUUAUUUUUCCUCAAAUGUCAUUCCUGAACAUUAACAAACAUUUUCAUGAAAAAAGAAUCACAUGUCAUCGCUUUGAAUUUUGAUUUAGAGGCAAAUUCAGCUUGAAAAGUCAUAAUUUUGCAUGUUUUACGUAGUUUUGUGAAUAAUAUCUCAAGGUUUAGUAAUCAGAUACUAAUUAUUUUUCCUUGAAUGUCUUUCCUGAACAUCAGCGAACAUUUUCCGGUUAAAAAACCUUUAUGUCACCGCCUAUUUUUGUGAUUCAGAACGAUUUCAAAUGAUGAUGAUUACUGUACACCACAGAGACGGAGGGAAUAAUAUCAAUAAGAUCAAGCGUUACGGAAUUCCAUUUUUAUAUAGUAGAUAUAUCACAUCUCAUUUAUCAUCAUCCUAUUCAAAUUGCCGUUAAUAUAGAAAAUAUUCCAUCAAACUACAUAUAUACCAGAGCGGGGGCCUAGUGUGGUUGGUAACGUCUCCGCCAACCACGCUCGACGCCUGGGUUCGAAUCCCACCGCCGACAUAGGUGUCGAUGGUUGUGAGGUGGCGUGAUCCACUCACAACCAACCCAACUGGUCUAGAUUCAAUCCUAGCCGACACCGGGAGAUUUUCUGAGGCGAAAAAUCUCUGGGAUCACGCCUUCCAUCGCAUGAGAAAGUAAAGCCGUUGGCGCCGGUCCGUUAUUAAACGGGUCGUGAGUUAGGGUCCUGGGUGUGGAGUCGCCUCCCUGGGCGUCGGUGAUUGGCCACAACAGUGGCGGAACUAGACCGACGGAAAAUAAGCGAGAACAAAAAAUAAAAUACAUAUAUACCAAUUAGUUGGAUGUUUAGAUAAUAUUUUUUCAUGAAAAAAUAAAUAUUUAGUAAAAAAUUAGCUCUUUAAAUAAUUAUUUUUAUAUUUUAAAAAUUUGAUUAGGAAAAGUGGAAAAUUAAAAGUUUGCAAUUUAGCAAUCAAACCUUCAUGCCAAACACUGUCGAAUGCUUCAGUGAAAUACCUUUAGAUUUGUUAACUCGUAUCAUAUUAGUAACUCUGAGCGAUUGAUGAGUAGUGGAAUGCCCUUGGCGAAUUCCAAACUGUUCAUCUGCAAAAAUUGAAUUUUCGUUGAUGUGUGACAUCAUCCUGUUAAGAAUAACUUUCUCAAACAGUUAACUCAUUGAAGAAAGCAAACUGAUUGGUCGAUAACUCGAAACCUCAGCUGGAUUCUUAUCCGUCUUUAAAAUUGGAGUAUUUUUUGCAUUUUUCCAUAAUUUGGGAAAGAAUGCAAUUUUGAAACAGCAAUUGAACAUUUUUACUAAAAAUUCUAUUGUACUAUCAGGUAGAUCUUUGAUUAAUAUGUUAAAGAUUCUAUCGUCACCAGGUGCUUUCAUAUUUUUGAAAUAUCAAAUUGACGUGUAACUGUAAUUUUCAAUUGGACUCACAAAAUUCGAAUUCGAAUUAUGAACACUCUCGAACUGCUAAUCAGGUUUUUGAGCCUUUUAUUCAUAUGCAAGGAUACAAGGAAACGUUCACCAUCUUUUAAAACUGGAAUUAAUAGGCUUUGAAGGUUUCUUAAGAAUCUUCGACAGCUUCCAAAAGGGUUUUGAAUAUGGUUUCAAUUUUUCAACUUAAGUCUCAAAAUUUUGAUUUCUCAGAAGAGUAAAUCUAUGUUUAAUUUCUUUCUGUAAAUCUUUAUAAAUAAUUUUAAAAACAGGGUCACAAGAACGUUGAUAUUGACGUCUGCGGACAUUUUUCAAACGAAUUAGAAAUUGAAGAUUUUCGUCAAUUAUUGGUGAAUCAAAUUUCACUUGAGCCUUUGGAACAGAAUAAUUUCUGGCAUCAACAAUUGCCCAUUUUAAUGCUUCCAAAGCGGAAUCAAUAUUCGCUUCGUUUUGCAAAUCAAGCUCAUUACUGAAAUUUCUCUCAAUAUGGGUUUUUAUCUUUCCCAAUUAGCCUUGUUAUAAUAAAAAACAGAGCUCAUAGGGUUUAAAACUGAUUCAUGUGAUAAAGAAAAAGUUAUUGGAAGAUGGUCAGAAUCAAAGUCAGCAUGUGUGAUCAUUUCACUACAUACAUGACUUUGAUCUGUUAGCACCAAAUCAAUUGUAGAUGGAUUUCUUACAGAAGAAAAACAUGUAGGACUAUUCGGAGACAAAAUAGAAUAGUAUCCUGAGGAACAAUCAUUGAAUAAAAUUUUGCCAUUGGAAUUACUUUGAGAAUUAUUCCAUGAUGAUGAAUGAAAAAAUUAUGAAAAUUUUCGAACGAUUUCUGGUGAGUUUUUGUAAAUACCCUUUAAAAUAAUUUUUGUGCUCGCGUGUGCAUUGGAAAGGUGAAUAUACUGCAACAAUAAAUAGAAUCCCAAGUUCAGUUUGAACUUCAAUUCUCAAUGUUUCAAUAACUUAAGAUGGGAAAGAGCACGAUGUUUGAUUCGAUGAUGGCUUACAUUUGUAACUCCACCGCCGAAACCCUGAAUCCUAUCAUAUCUAUGAACCACGUAAUUGGGAUCAUAUUUUAAUUUAAUGUUAGACAUCAAAAAUGUUUCAGUAAUAUUUGCAAUGUGAACUGGUAAAAAAAAUUAAAAAGCUCAUUCUCAUUGGCUUUCAAUGAGCGAGCAUUCCAAUUUAAAAUUUUGAUUGAUUUAUUCACAAUCAUCGUUAAAUUUUGAAUUAGAAACAAUUUUAGGUGUAAGUGUAGCUUCAAACAUGGAAUUUGCCUGCAACAUGGCGUUCAUAAGAUCGAAUAUUGCCUGUUGCAGAACAGAAAGUUUACCUGGCGUAAAAGGCUUUGGGCAGUUGACAUUAGAAAAAAUAUUUUCGGUAGCAAUAUUAGCUGGGGUAAUCAAUGUAUUUUUAUCUCCGUAUUCUGUUUACCCCCCAUUAACGGUCAUUUUCGAACUACCUACAUUAGGCAAAAUAAUGUUCGAACUACCUGUUGCCUGUGCAUACGUUAAACGGGCAUGCAAAGAAGUAGAAAAAUUGAAAUUUAUUGAUUUCAGUUGAAACAUACCCUUAUGCUAUCCCAGAACCCAUCGGUGCCUAAUCACAUACACCAAACGGUUAUAUUCCAGAGUUAUUCCACAGGUAAUUGAUCAGUUUGAAAAAUACGUGCUAUUGUUCGGGUGGCAUGUAAAAUUGGAAAAUUUUAUCGAAUAGUUUUUUUUCUCUCACGGGACAUAAUGUACAACAUAAGGAGAAUGUUUUGCAAUAUUUAAAACGUUGACAUUUUGAUAAAUGAAGAUUUAUUUGGAAAUUGUUGAUACUUUGUCAUAGAUCAAUAAUGUGUCAAUAAUGUGUGACAAAACGUGAAAAUGAAUUUUGAUCUAAAUUUGCGUGACGUACUUAAUGGAUGUCACCUUGUUUUGUACUUUCUCUAGUUUUAUUGGUUGAUUAUACGAAAAUAACACGUUUUUGAUGUAAAUAGAUCCAAUUACUACCAAAAUAGAGCGAAUUGGACUUCUGGCCAGCUUUUUGGUUCAAAUACUCCUAUGUGCGCCGCUCAAAAAGCGAAAAAUCCCCCCGGUCAGAACAAUUGGCAGCAGCAGCCACCGUUCGUGCAACAGCAACAUCCCGGAAUGCAGCAGCAGACCCAAGAGCAACGAACGGAUGCUAUCAUCACGCUAAUUUUGCAACAGGUCCAACUACAGGCCGUCACCAAUCAACUCCUUCAGCAGCAGCAACACGAGUUCAUGCAGCAGCAGGAAACUGUUCCGCAAUGCCUCAUCGGCAAUCCAGGUCAAUGAGGUAUACAAAGGUCAGGAAGAAGAAGACAUUUGUCUGUAUUUGUAACGAAAAACAGGUAAACAGAAGCACGUGUUGGGGUCGUGACGUAGAUCUCCAAAAACAAGAAAAAGUCAUUCGGAAUUGUGUUCCGCAUUGUUUAACGACGCAGGUAGAAAUUUUCUGCCGCAAACUGUCAAAAUUUUUUGAAAAAAAUGUACCGAACAUUGAUUUUUGGGCAUUGUAUUUUGAUUUCUACGUCAUCACUGUUAACAAAAAAGAAGCCCUUUAAACCCGAGACUCAAACCAUCUCCUUACCUUUCUAUAUUCCAUUGAAUCCAGGUGACCGUUCCUCUCAACUAGGAGGUGAUUCUGGACUCGUUGGCCGGAAAUAUCCGGGAGUUUCACAUCUGGCAAUGCUACAAAUUUUGUGGGUGCUAAUAACGAGCUCAAAAAAUUGGCAGACCUAUUUGAAUCAGAAGUACACCAGAAGCGAUUGAAUGAGUUUUGUGUGCAGAGAGGAAUAAACUGGGAAGCAGGUGUGAAAUCAGUCAAAUUUCAUUUGCGACCCAUAUUAGCAGAACACAAACUAUCGUACGAAAAAUUUAAUACUGUGCUUUGUCAGAUUGAAGCUAUAUUAAAUUCAAGACCGUUGACUCCAUUAUCAGAUGAUCCGAAUGAUUUUGCUGCUAUUACACCAGGACACUUCAUGAUUGGUAGAGAAUUUCAAUCGAUUGCGGAGCCUUCACACGGGAGUGUAAAAUAUGGCAGGCUUACUCGCUGGCAAAUUUUUCAGGAUUUGAAACAGAAAUUUUGGCGUGUCUGGUCGAACGAUUUUCUACAAGAGCUUCAGCAGCGACACCGAGAUUACAAGAUUACAAAAUUCAAGAUUGGAGCACUGGUGCUGGUGGUUGAUGAUAAUCUUCCUCCAUUACAAUGGAGUCUGACGAAAAUAACCGACCUACAUCCUAGAAAAGACGGCCAUGUUCGUGUUGUAACAAUACGGACCAAGGAUUCGACCAUUAAGCGGGCUAUUGAAAAUAUAUGCUUGCUUCCAUUGGACGACGAGAUUGAUAGUUGAAAUAUGUUGAUUUCAACGGUGGGAGGAUGUUCGAAUAUUCUACACUUUUCUAAAAGUUAGUUGCUACACGUUCUACGUUUUUCUGGUAACUGAGUUGCGAAAAGGAAAACGACAUAAGAAUGUAAGAAUGUGCUAUAAAUACAGGGGUGCGUCGCGCAUCAUUCAUUCAGUGAUUCAUUGUUUAUCCUUUGUGAAAGACGAAUCGCGAAAUAUAAGUUAGAAGUAAACGUUAA